AUGUCCAUGCCAGCUGGCGAUUUGGCUCCUCGUCCCUUGACAAUGGAUAGAUUGGGAGAUCGAGAUGAAUUGAUUUUGGCCCAAUCUACUUCUCAGUGUUGCCGUUGCUGUUGCUUCCAACCCUCCAUCAACUGGGUCGUCGCCGAAGGAAACAAUUUUACCCCAGGUACCAAUCCUUACGCUCUGGAUAGCGUCGGUUGGCUUCACGAGGAGUCCUCUUGGUGUGGUCGUACAUGGAGCUGGAUUCUUCCUGGAUGUCGGGAGAGCAAGUACGUUCAGCACAGUGGUCCAGCACCCGCUUCCAUUAUGGGCGAGAAUCAAGGCUGGUUCACUUGUCAGACGGGUGAGAUCACCCAAGGUCUGGAAGAGUCCGACCGAGCGGCCAAUGUUGUGGCGAUUCACGAAAAGAAACAAACUUGUGGUCACUGCUGGACGUUUCUUCUUCCCAUUCCCAUCUGCAAUUUCUGCCCGUUGCCCUAUUUGGAGACGACCAACGCUGAGACCGGUGAAGUGGUGGGAAAGACGCUCUAUGUUUGCGACUUGUGCUGCUUUGUCCCCAAGUAUGAUAUCUACGACAGCAAUGACAACAAGAUCUACCGGCUGCGACCCGACACUUGCGUGGCCGGUCUAUGUGUCCAGUGCCGCUGUGAUGGCAAAAAGGGCAAGUGCUGCCGCGUGCCAUUCUACCUAAGAGAUCCCGAGACAUUGGACAAACUAGCCACCACCUUUGGUAGCUUGAAAGCGCAAGUGGAUGUCCUAUGGGCUGGAUGGAAACAUGAAUGUUGCACUCAAAAGAACGCGUACCACAUUUUGUUUCCGUUAGGCGCCACCAAGGACCAGAAACUCCUCAUCAUGGGAUCCAAUGUUCUCGUGGAUGUCACCAUGUUUGAACAAGAGGAUGAUGACUAG